AUGGCAAUUGCCGUCAAUGAGUCUCUUCUCUCCCCCUAUUUCCCGAUAUCCUCAUCGGAAGAAAAUACGGCUCCGGGUGUAGCCGCGCCGCGCAGGCGGCAAGGCCCCCGGAAGCCAGUAUAUGCAACGCAAAAAGAGAGCAAAAUUAGAAGCAGAGCAGCCCAAGCAGCAAGAAAAGUGGAAUCCAGCAGCGGUUUGAGAAACCAGAUCCAAUGUUCCGCUGCCAUGGCCUUUGGGCUCCUACUUCCUUCCGAUGAAAUCUAA